AUGUAUGACUCUUCCAGCAAGUGCAAACGAGCCAUGUUACAGAUUCGACUGAUUAUCUUCAGCUGUGCUGCCAGCAGUGUAUUGCAGCUUCAACUGGACACCAGGGAGCAGGUGAAACUGCAAGGCGAGAGCUAUUCAGUUGACUGCAUUGGAAAGGCGAAAUCUCUGGAUCUAUCAGUGAAAUGGGUUCAUCCACACUCUCCUGCCAUUGUCUCCAUUCACCGAAACUUUGGCAAUCUGUUCACUAUAAGAGCAAGACUGCACAUUGACGCUGUGAAUGUAAGUGAUUCGGGAAAUUUCACCUGCAUUGUGAAAGGAACGAAGGAGACGCGAUCUGCUGUGACAAUGCUGCGGGUUCUUGAGAAAGGGUAUGUGCAAAUCUUUACUGAUCAGGAGACUAAUCUGGAAGCAGAUGCUGGGGACAGCCUCCAGCUCUGGGUGGGAAUUAAAUCUUACCCUGAACUAAAGCAGCAUCAGUGGAUCUAUGAGACCAUGAACAAUAGUGCUGAUCACAAGUCAACAUUCCUUGAAAAGCACAACAGCUAUGAGAGUUCCCUCCUUUUGGUGCGGCUGAAGGAAAGCGAGAGUGGCACAUACACGUUCUUUGCAUCUAAUGGAGAAGCAAACUCAUCCCUGACCUUCCAUUUAUUGAUAAAUCAAAAGCCAACGGUGACCAUUGAGAAGGAUGCUGCAUUCCACUGCCUUGCCAGUGGGUUUCCUGCUCCAACCAUUCACUGGUACCAGUGUCCACCACACAGAGCCAGGUGCACGGAAAAUGGAACCAUUCACCCCCACAACCCGAUCCCCCAGACAAAGACAUUCGUUGUUUCUGAGACUCUGUACGGACAGACAAAGGUGGAGAGUGUGCUAUCAGCCCACGAGGUGAAGCCUGGUUCCCUGUUAGAAUGUUACGCAUUCAAUAAAGCUGGAGGAGGUUCCUUUUCCAUCUCAAUCCCUGAUCACCCUGUCACAAAUGCUCUGUUCACUCCUUUACUCUCGGGUGCAGUAGCAGUAGCAAUCCUACUGCUCAUCUUCCUUCUUCUGCUGCUCUACAAGUACAAACAGAAACCAACUUAUGAGGUCCGUUGGAAGAUCAUUGAGGCGGUGAACGGGAAUGAUUAUACCUUCAUUGAUCCCACCCAGCUCCCGUACAAUGAGAAAUGGGAGUUCCCCAGGGAGAAACUCUGCUUUGGUAAGAUCCUGGGAGCUGGAGCAUUCGGGAAGGUUGUCGAGGCCACUGCCUAUGGAUUGGGCACAGAGGACUCAGCCACUAAGGUGGCCGUAAAAAUGCUGAAACCCAGUGCCCAUUCCACUGAGAAAGAGGCCUUGAUGUCAGAGCUGAAGAUCCUGAGCCACCUCGGACAGCACACGCAUGUUGUUAAUCUUCUGGGAGCCUGUACACUCGGAGGCCCAGUUCUUGUCAUCACGGAAUACUGUUGCUAUGGUGAUUUAUUGAACUUCCUGAAGAACAAGGCCCAGUACCGGGCCUGUAACGAUGCACUGAAUAACUAUAAGAACUUGAUGCACAACAAAAAGCCCCUAAGCGACUGCUCAGUGGGUUAUCUGCCCAUGAGGUCCAGGUUGUCCAGUAUGAGCCCAAUGAUUUCUCAAACGGAUUCCUCAACUAUUGAAGAAGAUGAAGACUCAUUGCCAUUGAACAUUGAGGACCUUCUGAGCUUCUCCUACCAAGUUGCUACUGGGAUGGAUUUCCUGUCCUCUAGAAAUUGCAUUCACCGUGAUCUGGCCGCAAGAAAUGUUUUACUGACCGAGGGACGGAUUGCCAAGAUUUGCGACUUUGGGUUAGCAAGAGACAUCAUGAAUGAUUCCAACUAUGUAGUCAAAGGCAACGCACGGCUCCCAGUGAAGUGGAUGGCUCCAGAGAGUAUCUUCGAUUGUGUUUACACAGUCCAGAGUGACGUCUGGUCCUAUGGCAUCCUGCUCUGGGAAAUUUUCUCAUUGGGCUCGAGUCCUUAUCCAGGAAUUCCUGUUGACAGCAGGUUCUACAAACUGAUACGAAGCGGAUUCCAGAUGGACAGACCCAGUUCUGCAACUCCAGAACUGUACGACAUCAUGACAAAGUGCUGGAAUCUGACGCCCACAGAUAGACCAACAUUUGAUCAGAUUGUGAAGCUGAUCAAUAAGCAGAGGAGCGAAUUCAUGGAGCAGUUUAACAGUGCCUGUGACCAUCGUAGCAUAACACCUACUGUAACCAUAGCAGGGGUUAACACUGAUUCUGACCAUCGCAGGGCCAACUGUUACCUUAACAGUGAAACAGCAUCUGUUACCAUCAUUGGGACCACCUCAGCGGUCUGGCGUUCCACCAUCGAAGCGACGGCCCAACUCGGCCUGGCACGUGUUGCGGCGGCAGAGAAUUACCGGAUGGUCAAUGUGGAGGCAGCGAAGACUGUGCGCUCGGCCAAGGAGCUGAGAUUGAAAAAGUGUUCAGAGCAGCUGCUUAGGAUUCAGUCGGAACUGACUGAGGCAGUGAAAGAGGUGAAUAAAGCGAAGAAGAAGUACUGGCAGAUGCAGAGGAUUGCUGAGAUCACCCGGGAGAAAGCAGCUGAGGCAGAGGCCAAGUCGAAAAAGAGCGAAUUUGGAAUAUUUCAUUCAAAAACCAGUCUACAGAAGCUGAGUGCGAAGCUCUCUGCCAGAUUGUCCGAGUGCAACCGUCGGGUCACAGAAGCUAGGAACGAGUAUCUCCUCUCGCUUGCUGCGGUCAUGGCACACCAGGACCAUUACCUCCAAACUGACCUGCCCGUUGUGAUGAAGGGAGAUAUUUGGACCGACGGUCAUAAAUUUGGUCAGAUGAGUAAGUAUUAUGGGCAGUCACAGAAGGAGGGAGAGUUUCAGCAGAUUGGAGAGGGUUCCCAGAGCUUGCUAACAGCCUUUGGUGGUGGAACAAUUAAAGUUGGUGUUGCGCAAGAGGCCAGAGUUGGAGGAGAGCCGAGAGCACAGAGGAUUGUGGGAUGGGAGGAGGUUCAAGCGAUUGGGACAUGUGAGGCCACGGAAACAGUUGUAAACUAG